AUGACAGCCCUCCGACAAAUCUUCCCCCCAACCCCAGCCUUCACCGACCAAACCAUCCCCGACCUCACCGGCAAAACCAUCAUCAUCACCGGCGGCACCUCAGGCGUGGGCUACCACGCCGCCAGCCUCCUGUACGCCAAGCACGCGACCGUCUACAUCGCCGCGCGCUCCGCCGAGAAGGCCCAGACCGCGAUCGCCACCAUCCAGUCCGCCCCGGAGUGCACGCACAGCCGGGGCCGGCUCGCCUUCCUCGCAUUGGAUCUCUCCGAGCUGCGCAGCAUCAAACGCAGCGUUGAGGAGUUCCUACGACUAGAAAACCGGCUGGAUAUUUUGGUGCAUAAUGCCGGGGUGAUGACGCCGCCGGCGGGGAGUAAGACUAGUCUUGGCCACGACCUCGAAAUGAGCACGAACUGCCUCGGCCCGUUUCUUUUCAACCAGCUCCUCCUUCCGACGUUGCAGCGCACGGCUGCUUCCGCGGAGCCGGGGAGUGUGCGCGUCGUCUGGGUCGCGUCGUUGCUCUCUGCGUUCGUCGCGCAUGGGGGCAUUGUCUUUGACGAAGAGAGUGGCGCGCCCACGGUGCUCAAGAAUGUGAUGGGGAAUUACAUGCAGAGUAAAGUCGGGAAUGUGUUUCUGGCCAGUGAGAUGGCGAGGCGGGUUGGUGGGGAUGGGGUGAUGAGCCUGAGCGUUAACCCCGGACUCAUGAAGACGGAGCUCCAGCGGCAUAAUUCGCCGGCGCAGGGGAAGAUCAUGGGGAUCUUGUUCAAAGGCCCGCGGUACGGGGCGUACAGUGAGCUGUUUGCUGCUCUAUCACCGGAGGUCACCCCCGAGAGGAACGGGGCGUUUGUCAUCCCCUGGGGUAGAUUCGGGACGGUGCCGUGUCAUAUUGAGAAGGGUUUGGCAAGUGAGAGGGAUGGGGGCACGGGGGCGGCGGAGAGGUUCUGGGGGUGGUGUGAGCGGGAGACGGCUGCUUUUCGAUGA